UGUUGGGAGGGAGGGGAGAGAGCUCUUGAGUGGACGUUCUGGGACGCAAAGGCCCCUCUGCCACCUUCGUUACGCAUCCGCUGGCGUUCAACAUGGGCGCACGAUAUCCCCUCGCGGACUACUCAACUGGGCACCGCCUGGUUUUUCACGAUAUUGUGCAUCUAGCCUGCUUUACGGCGACGAAAUUGGUACUUAUUCGCGUAAUCUGAGUCGGUUUGCAGAGCAACAGGGCUGCAGGAUCGAGAGGUGGAGGGAGGGAGAGUUGUGACGAAGAAUUUCAGUCUCGGUGUCAUUGAGCUUUCGGAGAAUUGAGGGGUGAGUUUUGAGAUGGGUUGUGGUGGGAGGAUGGCGAUGGUGCUAGGACUGUUCCUUGUUUUGGUGCUGGCGAUGGGGUGGGAGCAAGGGAACGUCGGGAGGGCAGAUGCGAUCAUGGACUACGAAGCUCAUGAAUUGCAUUCUGAUGACGGAAUGCUGGACGUGUUCCACCAAUGGCUGGAGCGGCACUCUCGCGUGUACCACUCGCUCAGUGAGAAGCAGCGCCGGUUCCAGAUUUUUAAGGACAACCUGCAUUACAUUCACAACCACAACAAGCAGGAGAAGAGCUACUGGCUGGGGUUGAACAAGUUCAGCGACCUCACCCAUGACGAGUUUCGGGCUCUGUACCUGGGAAUCAGACCUGCUGGCCGGGCUCACGGCCUCCGCAACGGGGACAGGUUCAUUUAUGAGGAUGUUGUGGCAGAGGAAAUGGUGGAUUGGCGCAAGAAGGGCGCCGUGUCCGACGUCAAGGACCAAGGCUCAUGCGGUAGUUGCUGGGCGUUUUCGGCAAUUGGUUCGGUGGAAGGAGUGAACGCAAUUGUGACUGGCGAAUUGAUUUCUCUGUCCGAGCAGGAGCUUGUGGAUUGCGACAGAGGUCAGAACCAGGGAUGCAAUGGUGGUCUUAUGGAUUAUGCGUUUGAUUUCAUCAUCAAAAAUGGUGGAAUCGAUACCGAGGAGGACUACCCCUACAAGGCAACUGAUGGCCAAUGUGAUGAGGCCAGGAAAGAAACCUCCAAGGUAGUGGUCAUCGAUGACUACCAGGACGUGCCAACAAAAUCAGAGAGUUCACUUCUCAAGGCAGUCUCGAAAAAUCCUGUCAGUGUUGCCAUUGAGGCUGGAGGUCGCGACUUUCAGCAUUAUCAAGGGGGAGUCUUCACAGGUCCUUGCGGUACUGACCUUGAUCACGGAGUCUUGGCUGUCGGCUACGGCACUGACGACGACGGCGUAAAUUAUUGGAUCGUUAAGAAUUCAUGGGGUCCAAGCUGGGGAGAGAAGGGCUAUAUCCGCAUGGAGCGAAUGGGAUCCAAUUCCACUAGUGGUAAAUGUGGCAUCAACAUUGAGCCAUCCUUCCCAAUCAAGAAGGGGGCUAACCCUCCUCCUGCGCCUCCUUCCCCUCCUACUCCUGUGAAGCCACCCUCCCAGUGCGACAGCUCCCACUCCUGCCCCGCGUCCAGCACCUGCUGCUGCGCAUUUAACAUUGGCAAGUACUGCCUCCAGUGGGGUUGCUGCCCUAUGGAAUCUGCCACUUGCUGCGAGGACCACUACCACUGCUGCCCCUCGGAUUUCCCCGUCUGUAACUUGCGCGCUGGACAAUGUGUCAAGGCAAUAUACUCUUCACUUUUUGCACACGAUUGGAAUGGGCAAUUAGAAAGCCUAGUUGAGCAAGAACAACCCAUUUGGUGUGCCAAUGCUGGAGCGAACGCGUGCCAAGUUCAACUGGCCAAAGGUCAGUGAUGAUUCUGAGAAGGGGAGGGCUUCUUUCUAAGGGAGCUUUUUAUUUUUAUUUUUUAGUUUAGGGUGCGGGCCCUGUUGGUCCAAGAAGGAUAUUAUUGAUUUUCUUACCCAUCGGCAACCAUUCUUUCAUUCAUUCAUAAGUAGAAACCUUGAGCUUCAGAUUGUAGUGGAGAUGGGUGCUCCCCUGUGGGAAAUGUCUUCCAGAUAUGACCAGUGCGUAUCGUAAGGAGAAUGCUCAAGUAUAUUAUUAAUUGUUUGCGCUAUCCCAGUCAUGAGGAAGUCAAUUGUAAUAGCUACCUUAAUGAAGGAUAAGUGGAACUUUUCUAGUAUGUUUAAGAAGACAUUACAUGUUUUUGUAAUAUAAUUUUAUGGAGUGAUGUGAUUAUUAUCUUA